UCUUAAUAACCUUUCGUUUGUUUUCAGAGCAACCUCAAAUGAAGUACUUUACCAUGCACAAGAAUUUCGGGAAUUUGUUAUCGAUUUUUGAUGCAUAACAACCUCUGUUAUCCAUGCAAGGCUAACUACACGCAACGAGAAGGAAGAAAGAAAGAAAGCCAUUUAAAACGAAGUAGCUUUGAGCAUCAAGUGAAUGUGUCUUUUAUCGUUUGUACGUGCUGAUGGAUCAGUGGUAAACAAUGUGGUAGAAAGGUCGGUUAAAGGUGCACAGAAGGCAUAUUUCAUCGCCCAAACUAUUGUACCAUGUCGUAACAGUUUAGGAAAUGGCUGCUCUAUCAGAAACUCGACGCAACAACUCGAGGAUUAACUCCUCGGAUUUGAAUACAAUGGCUUUACCAACGACGCCGGCUUUCCGUUCUACCUGCGAUGACCCAGGACUUUUCGCGAGUUCGGCAGUUUCUGUGGUCGUUGCUUCCUGCUACGCAAUACUUAUUCCGGUAACCCUGUUAGGUAACGGCUCAGUGAUCGCAGCUUUCGCAGCAAACACUAGGCUGCGAACUGCCACGAAUAUCUUGAUACUCGGCCUCGCUGCUAGUGAUUUGUUAGUGGGAGCGUUCGCAGUUCCAUUCUGGACGUUUAUCGUUUCGCACGCAGAUAUAACGGCGGGUUACUGUUUUCCGGCAACGUACUUGGUUUACAUCAGCUUUGACAUUUUCGCAGGAUGCGCUUCAAUCCUACAGCUCACUGCUAUCGCUUUGGAACGUUUCUUCUCRACGCAAUGGCCGCUGUUUCAUCGUAAGAUGCCACGGUACGUCUACUGCAUCAUGAUGCUGGUUGCAUGGCUCUGCGCUUUAACGAUGGCAGCUCUACAACCGUUACAGACGAAAACGGAGACAUGGCGAAAGAGCUACACCAUAGCUUUAUUUGUAUCCUGUUGCUCCUCUCCGUUGGUAAUCAUUGUGACUUCCUAUUGCUAUAUUUUCAAGAUCAGCCGGUUUCAGGUCAGAAGGCGCAAGAGAAGUUCUUCCAAGCACUGUGGGCUGACUCCCGGUAGAGCGAUAAAAGAACUUGACGUUGCUAUCACAGUGGCUGUAAUCACUAUCCUCUUCGUAACUGCUUGGUUUCCAUUCUUUGUCGUUACCGUUAUUGCUACGUUUUGCUUGCAGUGUUUACCGUCCCCGCCUGCUCUUCUACAUCUAGUUAAGUUCCUUAAGUUCUUACAAUACAGUAGUAGUGCUCUAAAUCCCUAUAUUUAUGCCUAUAGAAACAUAGAAAUGCGAAAAACACUGGCGAAAAUUGUAAAAAAACUUUUCCCAUGCGAUCUGGGGAUCGGAAUGAGAAAUGUCACUAACAGAGGAGACUCUUCUAAGCUCUAUCGACAAUCAAUAAUGCAAGCCGACCCAAAUCCUGAUUGUUCUCAGACAAUUUCGAGGAAGAAUCUCUCUUCAGCGGGAGAAGUUUUCGUGCAAGAUGCGAAAAGCAAACCCGCCAAAAAAUCGCCAAAGGAAAACAAAAAGAAAACAAAAGUGAUUUAUUUGUAGAUACGGUUGUUUUUAUUCCUGUACAAUAAUGUUUAGACUUUGUUUACUGAAAAGUGAAACCAAACAGCGAUUUAUUUUUUGAAUAGAUUUAAUAUAUACAGAUAAAGAUUCUUGAGUAUCAAGUCUCGUAACUUAAGUACUCGAAAAGCGGGAAGAGUUUUGCACAGCUUUCCCGAAACCGUUUAGCUCUUCAUCUACAAGUUAUAACAAUAUAAAAAUAACGAUGAACAUUUUGCUUAAAAUGUUCUGAAAAACGCUUUAACAAACUUUGAAGUUAAGACAAAUGUGAAACACCGAUUAGAUUCCUAAUUUAGUUAUUGAAGCAUGUACAAGAUUGUUUCUGCCCCUGGAGGUCCGGCUAAAAGUGAAAACCUUUUAUCACUGGAUUUGUUUUUUUGACGCAGACAUUCUAAAAAUGCUAAUUAUUUUCGAAAAAGUAGUUGCUGUUCCAAAAAUAUAUCUUCUGGAAUCUUCCGCACAACUUUACAGGGAAUUUUCUCAUCGCCUUUACGUAUUGCAUGGUUAUUCAAAUGUGCUUCUUUCUUUAAGAUUAGAUUAACACCGGAUGUGUUGAAAAAGACCUGGCUUAAGAGAUAAAUUGUUUAUAGUUUGCAAAUAGUCACCGUCUUUGUGAUAAACAAUGAACGAAGUCCAUUAACGAGUUAAUAACGUCUUGUUCGUGUUUUUCAAGCGCG